ACAUUUGAAAAAUAUUUUAUUCUAAAAAUUGCUCUAUUUUUUCCGACUAAAUUUUACACAGUUAUGUCUGAUGCUGCUUAGGCUCUCAUUUUGACAUUUCAAUACUCCAUUACGGUCCACGUUCCUCACUUAUCCGUCCGCUGAUCAGUUCACACUUCACACUGUGUAAACUGUUCGUGUGCAUCUAUUACCAAUCUAUUACACAUAUAGGCUCACACGAUACUUACACCUAAAUGUAAUAGAAGUUUUGACGUAGGAUUGUAGACACACAAAAGCCUACCAUUGAAGUAAACCUUCCAUAAUUCCUUUCUGCACUGGCCUGGUAUCAAUUAAAGUAUUGAGCUUGUAAACAUAUUUGUACAGAACUUGUAAAUUCAUUAACUCUCUGCGAACUCUCAGUUUUAAUUUUAUAUCCCCACAAAUAAUUAAACUUUGAUUCAAACAUGAGUGAUCUACAAACACACAAAUUGCAGCUUCAGCAGGUCGAAGCUGCUUUAACAACUGAUCCAGGAAAUGAAGAACUAAUAAAACUCAAGAUUGAUCUUGAAGAAAUUAUAGAACUUCAUCAAGAUUUACUUAAAUCACAACAACAAGAAAAAAAGCAAACAGAAACUGAUGAAGAUGAAAAAAAAUUACUUGCAGAAUUAGCUGCUAAAUGGAAAGUAGGUGAUCAAUGCAUGGCUCUUUGGAGUGAAGAUGGAAAGUAUUAUGAGGCUACAAUAGAUGCAAUAAGUGAAGAUGGAUCUGUAAAUGUUACAUUCAAUGAAUACAAAAACAAAGAUGUUACUUCGCUUAAGUGCUUAAAGUCAAUGGCUAAACGUCCAGCAUCGGAUUGGGCUGAUCAAAAAUCAAAAAUGAAGAAACUUCAAAAUUCAGCUCUUGCGAGUAUGGAUCCUUUAAAGCAAAAAGAAUAUUUGAAAAAGAAAAAACAAAAAAAAUUACAACGAUUCAAAGAAAUUGAGGAAGAACGAGAACAAGAGAAAAAUAAAUGGCUUGCAUUUUCUACCAAAGCGUCAAAAAAAGGUGUCGUCAAAAAAAGUAUAUUUGCUACACCAGAAAAUAUAAAUGGACGAGUAGGAAUAGGUACCUGUGGUGUUAGUGGAAAAGAAAUGACAAAAUAUACCAAUGGUGAAAAGUGGAGACGAGGAACGUAGGCUAUCUUAAAUAUCAUGCUUUCUAAUAUUUUAUUCAGGAUUAGAAAUUAAUUGUAUAUUUUAAUUAUUUUAUCAAUAAUAAGUUGAACUUA